CUGUUGUCUGCCCAGGCACUGACUGACCUCCUGCAGGACCUCAGCCACUCUCACAAUGCCACCCAAAAAGGCCAAGAAGAAGGAGUCGGCCAGCUCCAACGUCUUCACCAUGUUCGAGCAGUCCCAGAUUCAGGAGUUCAAGGAGGCGUUCACCAUCAUGGACCAAAACAGAGACGGCUUCAUCGACAAGAAUGACCUCAGAGACACGUUCGCUGCUGUGGGUCGUCUGAAUGUAGGAAACGACGAGCUGGAUGACAUGCUGAAAGAGGCCCCCGGUGCCAUCAACUUCACAGUGUUCCUCAGCAUGUUUGGUGAGAAACUUAAAGGUACUGACCCUGAGGAGACUAUUCUUAACGCCUUCAAGAUGUUUGACCCAGAGGGAACAGGUGUUCUGAAAGGAGAUGAGAUCAAAUAUUAUCUGAUGUCUCAAGCAGACAAAUUUUCUGAAGCUGAGAUCAACCAGAUGUUCACCAUGUUCCCUCUGGACGUCUCUGGAAACCUUGACUACAAGAACCUCUGCUAUGUUAUCACACAUGGUGAGGAAAAGGAGCAGGAUUAGGGAGCCAGGGAUAAAGCCUUAACUUGUAAAUAGUCACCUUCAUCAGUGUCAACACCUUCAUCAACACAUGGCGAUUUUUGGGUCACUGAACAUGAGCUCUUAGCUUGUGGAGCUCAGUACUGUUUAACAAUAAAAUAAUAAAAGUGUUUUAGGAAAGUAAA